AUGAUGUGGCUGUGGUCGCUACUGCUGCUGGGCAAAGGGGCGUGGGGCAAGCCCCCCCCCCCGCCCCCAGACGCUGGGGUCCCUCACUCCAGCCGGGUGCACCAGCAGGCCCCGCUGAGUGAGGCCAAGCAUGAUGAUGCCCACGGAGACUUUCAGUUUGACCACGAGGCCUUCCUGGGCCGGGAGGCAGCGAGGGAGUUUGACCAGCUCAGCCCAGAAGAGAGCAAAGCCCGUCUGGGGCGGAUUGUGGACGGAAUGGACCGAGAUGGCGACGGGGAUGGCCUGGAUCUCCGGGCCUGGAUCGCUCAUACGCAGCAGCGCCACAUCCGGGACUCCGUUACAGCCGCGUGGGACACCUAUGAUACUGGGGAUGGCCGAGUGGGCUGGGGCGAGCUGCGCAACCUUACCUACGGUCACUACCAGCCAGGAGAGGAGUUCUCCGAUGUGGAGGCGGCAGAGACCAAUAAGAAGCUCCUGGCGAGAGACAAGAGGCGGUUCCGGGCAGCUGACCAAGAUGGGGACCUGCAGGCCCCCAUGGAGGAGUUCACAGCCUUCCUGCAUCCGGAGUCGUUUCCCCACGUGCGGGACACUGUGAUUGCCGAGACGCUGGAGGAGUUGGACAAGAAUGGAGAUGGUUAUGUGCAAGUGGACGAGUACAUAGCGGACCUGUACUCCCCAGAGCCAGAGGGAGGCGAGGAGCCCGCCUGGGUGCAGACGGAGUGGCAGCAAUUCCGAGACUCCCGGGACUUGAAUGGGGGGGGGAGGCACCUGGAUGGGCGUGAGGUCGGGCACUGGGUACUGCCCCCAGCCCAGGAUCAGCCUCUGGUGGAGGCCAAUCACCUGCUGCAGGAGAGCGACACUGACAAGGAUGGACGCCUGAGCAAACAGGAGAUCCUGGGCAACUGGAACACGUUUGUGGGCAGUCAGGCCACCAACUACGGCGAGGACCUGACACGGCACCCUGAUGAACUCUGA